UCUUGCCCGUGCAGGUAUUUUUGACAUCGAUGAGUCCCACAUGAAAAUCACAGUUUGCCCCUUACAUCGAGAUUUGUAUGGUGUCCGCUGGAGGUGUAACAAGACAAAAUGUUCAGUUCCAGAUGAACUUGUGGCACAUAAAUCCUCAACUGUGAAGGCUCAAUGUGGAUUGACAAGUCUAUUAUCGUGUUUUAUUUCUAACGAGACCAAAACACUUAUUCCAGUAGGAACAGCGAUAUGCAAAACUUGUAAAAGUUAUUUAGCUGAUUUGGCAACAGAGUGGAAAAAGAAUAUUAAAAUACAAUCAACCGAUCGUAAUGAACCAAAGAGUCAAGAAAUAUUUGUAUCCACACCUCUGCCGCAUAUCAUCUUAGAGCAGGAAGAAGAAAGUAACACCGGUACCUCAUACGGCGAACUUGUCGAAGAGAUGACCAGGCUCAAACUAGUCGAGGACACAUCGAGCAUCUUCUCUCCAGACACUGGAAGUACAACAUCGUCAUCUUGUGAUGUCAGCGACACAUCCUCGUUACUUGCCAGAAAAAUAAAGUUAAAUGAAUAUUUGGAAGUGUGUCAUAUCCAGCCUUUGGGAAAACCAAUGUUAGAUUGGAAUGAGAUAACCGAGCGCACACAACAACGAUAUGUCCAGAUAACAUGUGUAAGAAGGCCAGAAAAACAUCUGAUUUGUACUGUACAAGAAAUUUAAGAUUUCACUUAGGUUUCUAUGGUAACAAUUUAGCCUUAAGGACGAAGUAACUAUUGGAACAAAAGAUUUAGGUUUGUUGACCUUGUAAAACACCUUCCUAACAAAGUUCA